AUGCCCAUGUCCCUGCUGUUGGAUGAGGCAAUUGACGAGUCUCCACAGCCACCUGUGAACACUCACGCCCUGGUUGUUAAUGUAGAACCUGCUGCAACAAAUACAUACACAGGUCCUUUUGUUGCUCCUACAGACACUACUUCAAUUGCGCAAGAUGGAAAUGAGGAUGAGGCUUCGUCCCAGCCAAAUGACCCCCAUGUUGGCAUGCGCUAUGAUACGUUGGAAGGUGCUAAGGAGCACUACAAUGCACAUGCUGCAAGGAAAGGUUUCUCUGUGAAAGUAAAUAGUAACAGGAGGUCUACAAUCACCGGAGAAAAACAGAAACAGCAGUUCACUUGCAACAAAUUCAGGAGACCAAGGAAAGAUGAUGGUGGGGCUGAGUUGCAGGUUGAUGUGGGGCCAAUUCCUGAUUCUGUGUCUGAAGAUGAGGCUGAUAUUGAAAAUGCAGAGCUUGCUUCCGUUGUGGCUGAUCUUGCUGCUCAAGGGCGAAAAGAAAAGGCGCCCAAGAAGCGUAAAAGAGAAAAUAUUGUGCACACGUUUUGCAAGGCCCAGAUGGUUGUGAAGUUAAUUGAUGGAAGGUGGGAGGUUAUCCACUUUGUGCCUGAGCAUAACCAUCCACUUAUCCACAAACCAUCGCUCACAAAGUAUCUGAGGUCACACCAAGGCAUGCCAAAGGAGGAAAAGGAAUUUGUGAAGAAUCUUCACAAUACAAAUUUGACAGGUGGAUAUGUUGUGCAAGUUGUCAUUGAAAAAAUGCAUGUAAAAAUAGUUUGGAAAAACGCACAGUUGAAAUGUGGCCCUACACUGGGCAGGAACCCUGGUUUAGCUGAAGAUUUCAAUGAUUGCAUCGAUUUCAGCUUUUCACCAGAGGAGUUUGAGGCAAAAUGGGCUCUGUUUGUAGGCAAGUGGCCAGUUGUUGGUGGUGCAAAUUCUUACUUUACGACUCUCUAUGCUAAUCGUGCUAAGUGGUAUGAGAAGUUGCAGACUCAUGUACUUGUGAAAGAAGGGGGUAAUGAUUACAGGACGGAUUGUUUGGAACUUCGUCCAUGGUCACCAUUCCCUGUUGAGGAACAUGCUUUCAAAGUUUACUGCAGAGACAUAUAUUUGAGGUUCCGGAACGAGUUUGAGCUGAUUGGGAGGUACAAUGUGUUACCAUUUGGUUGCAACUUUUACAAGCUUGAGCCAAACAGGGGAUGGUGCGCAAAAUAUGGUUCUAGGACCUACCUGGUAACCGCUAAUAAGGAAGAAGGGACGUAUUACUGUGAGUGCUCCAAGAUGGACAGGGAUGGUAUACUUUGUUGCCACAUCUUAAAGAUCUUCACCCACCUUGGUGUUGAUGAGAUACCAGAUAGCGAGUCUGUUGAACGACCGGAUGUUAUGCCUCCAGAAUCACAAGUGCAAUUGCGGCACGCGAACCUCAAUAUGGGAUUCACAAAACUUGCCCGCAUUGCUAGUAGAACAGACGCAGCUACUGCCAUUGUUAACAAACAUUUGAGAGCUGCAGCAACAGAGAUAUCUCACUUGAACAAGUCGCUCAAGAAGAAGAAGCUCGUGUCGGCGGUCCCGUCCACUAGUGCACACGAUCAGCCUACGAAACCUAGGGACCCGGCAAAAACAACGACUAAAGGGAGGACUAAGGAGCACCGUACGGUUUCAGCUCUUGAGUUGCAUCCAAAGAAAAAAGUUCGAGUGUCACACUUGUGGUUCGUUCGAGCACAAUUCUGCAACUUGCAAGCUUAG